GGGAUUGUGGGCGUGGCUUUCGAGUGACGCUCACUUGUUGCUUCAUUGGAUUAGGUGAAACUUUUCCAGCGAAACGUUAACGGACCUUUGACACGUUGAAACUUCUCUCCGGGCAGGACACCUCGCGCGUCCUGCUGACUUUUCGCUCCCAGCUGAGACGGGUUGGGGCUUUCACAGAAAUGUCACUGGCGGAGCAAAGCCAGCAGUGGUUUCCCACCAGCGUCCAGGUAACGGUGCUCCAGGCGAGGGGUUUGCGGAGCAAGGGGAAGAAUGGCACCAACGACGCGUACGCCGUCAUGCAGGUGGCCAAGGAUAAGUUCUCCACCUCGGUGGCGGAGAAGAGCGUCGCGCCGGUGUGGAAAGAGGAGGCCGCGUUCGACCUGCCGCUCUUUCACCCCAGUAACGCGGAGCGCUGCACCCUACAGGUGUCUGUGAUGCACCGGGCUUUGGUGGGACCCGAUAAAAUGCUCGGACAGGCGACCAUCAACCUCCUGGAACUCCAAGACAAUAAAACCCGUAACAAAACCGAAUGGUUCAAGUUGAUGGGAAAGACGGGAAAGGCUGACAAAGACAGGGGAGAGGUGCUCCUAGACAUUCAGUUCAUGAAGAACAACAUGACGGCCAGCAUGUAUGACCUCUCUGGGCAGGACAAGUCACGCUCACGGCUUGGGAAGAUCAAGGAUAAGCUGAAAGGGAAAAAGAAAGAUGGGAUGUCGGAUUCUGCUUCCGCCAUUGUGCCUUCAGUCGGCCAGGUAUUGACUGACAGCGAGGGAGAAGAAGAAACUGACACCACAGCCGGAGCCAAAAAGAAGAAUAAACUCAAGUCCCUCUUCGCACCCAAGCCGGGUUUGCACCGUAACAUUUCCCAGUCCAUGUCCACACUUGCCACCCUGCCUGAAAAAGAUUCGGCCAUCAGCCUGAGCAGAUCGUCUGGCCUAAAUAUAGAGUCUCCUGAAGGCAAAAAGAAAUUCAAAUUUCUGAAGCACAAGCGGACUGGAAGCUCUGACAGCAAGGUUUCCCAGGGUACUGGGUCUCUUGGACCGGGCAUGGUGCAGAACAACUUGUGCAUCAACGGCAGUCACGUCUACACAGAAGAACCAGAGACCAGAGGAUCCAGGGCUGGUUCCACCUUCAGCCUGAACAGCUCUGGCCACGGAUCCAUGGAGGACUUGCGCAGAGGUCAUGACCGGAAAACCUCCAGCACCUCAAUGGACUCCUCGGACCAGACUCAGGAGAAUGCAGUGGAGGAGAUGCGCAGAAAACAAGAGGAACAGAGGAAACAGGAAGAGGAAGUCAGAAAAAGAAUAGAGGAAGAAAAAAGACAGGCUGAAGAGGAGGAGAGGAAAUUGUUAGAAAGAGAGGAAGAGAAGAGAAAGCUACAGAAACUGGAAGAGGAAAGGAAAAGGAUUGAGAGAGAGGAAUUAAGAAAGAGGAUAGAGAAGGAAGAAGAGCAAAAACGAAUUGAAAGAGAAGAGGAAAUUAAAAAAGAGAGAGAAGAGGAGAGGAAAAGGAUGGAGAAGGAGGAGGAAAGAAAGAGAGAAGAGGAGAGGAAACGGAUGGAAAGGGAGGAGGAAAGAAAGAGGAUAGAGAGGGAAGAGGAAGGGAAACGGAUGGAGAGAGAGGAAGAAAGAAAGAGGGAAGAGGAGAGGAAACGGAUGGAAAGGGAGGAGGAAAGAAAGAGGAUAGAGAGGGAAGAGGAGAGAAAACGGAUGGAGAGAGAGGAAGAGAAGAGGAAGCUAGAGAAACAGGAAGAAAGAAGAAGAAUUGAGGAAGAGGAAAGAAAAAGAAUUGAGCAGGAGGAAAUUAUCAGAAUAAAGAAAGAACAGGAACGAGUUAGACAGGAAGAAGAUAGAAGGAAAGCUGAGGAGGAGAGGAUCGAAGAGGAGAAAAGGAAAAGAAUGGAGGAAGAGGAAAAGGCUAGGAAGGAAGAAGAUAAACUAAGGAGAAUUGAGGAAGAGGAGAGAACGAGGCUUGAGAAAGUAAAGUUGCAGAAAGAAGAAGAGACAAGACAGUUGGAGAUGGAAAGAAAACGGGCUAAAGAAGAGGAAAGACUACUCAGAGAAAAAGAAAAGAUGGAAGCAGAGGAGAAGAGGAAAAGGAAAGAGGAAGAAGAGAAAAAACUGUCUGAGGAGAUGGAAAGAAAAGAGCAAGUAAGGGUGCAAAAGGAAAAAGAGAAGUUGGAGCUUGCGAACAAGAGAAUGGAAGAACGGAUGAAAGUGGAGCAGGCGAGAAGAAAGGCUGAGGAAGAGGAAGAGAAGAGAAAGCUGAAGGAGAAAGCAGACCAGGAGAGAAUCAGGCAAGAGAAAGAAGAAAUAGAGGGACAGAAGAAAGAAAUAGAACACCGACCUGAGGUGAAACCCAGGAGUGCUCGACUGAAUACAAGUAAAAAAGCAUUUGACGAGAUAAAUUCGGACAACAUCCUAUCCACCAAUCCCUUUGAAGACCCUCUCUUAUUCGACGAGAGCUCCACCAAUCCCUUCGAGCAACCUACUGUUUCCCAACCUGAAGCCCUCAGUCGGUCCAGUAAAGUCUCCGCAGUCAAGCCAAGUUCUUCUGUUUCUGGAAUCUUCUUUUCACAAGCAUCUGUGCCAAACACCAACCCGUUCUUAAAUGACUCUGAUGUUCAUGGCGAAAACACUGAGAAAGGUGUCCAUCUUGAAGACACUGCAGAAAGGUCAGAGAAGAAGCGGCGUGCCCCAAUGCCUCCCCAGAACAAGACGCAGAAGGGAAAACCAAAUGUUCCUCCAAAAGCACCAGCAAUUCCUGGAGCCACACAAGCUUUUACAUCUAGAGCAUCUGAGGAUGGAGGAGACUCUGAUUCCUAUAGUUUACGACGGGACAAACGUCCUGCACCUUUACCACCAAAGAACAAGCAAGAAAUGCAAAACAAACAUGCAGACCAAUCUGGCAUUCUUCUUCAUACGGGAGAAUGGGGAACUACUAGUUUCCAGGAAACAGACCAGACAAACAAUGUGUGCCCUGUUUUGCAAGAUGAGUCUGAUGGAGCCAAUUUUAUGAACGCCAGUUUAUCUCAUCUUAUCCAGUAUCAUGCCAGUUUCAGACAAGAAACGAAUCCUUUUAUAUCUACAGAGGUCAAAACAACUAAACACAACAAGGGUCCAGCUCCAAAGCCUUCAUUACAGUUAAAAUCUUGCAAGACGUCUGCAUCUGAAACUGAAACGAUCAGCAAAGCAAUUAGUAAUGUGCUUUUGACUGAACAUGAAACCAGUGCUGCCUCAAACUCUUGCGUUGAUCAAGUAGAUGAGUUGAUUGACAAGCAUGAUGUACUCCCUGCAUCUUCUACCAAACCCAAGCACUCUGAUGACCUGUCCUCAAGAGUAGGUAAACACAAGCAUCUACCAGAAAAGUCUGACCAAAACUCUCUUGGAGAAGACGUACCUUCAGUGUCUGAUCCAGUCCUUGGAAAGGUUCUCUGCAGUGUGAUUGAUCCUAAGAAUGCUGAAAACGUCCUGCUAGAAAGUGGAUUUUCCAAAAAGAAGAGUCCUGCCCCAUUGCCUCCUGCCAAAUCAGCAUCCAGACAGCAACCAGAAGCUGCACUGAUCUCAACCACUCAAGCCAAGUCAUUAAGUGUUAAUAAUGACAAUUCAACUUCACGUUUUACCCAAUUCCUGGUGAACUCCUCUUCAACCUCCAGUCAAGCUCUCACUCCAUUGAAACAGGAAGCAGGUCAUGGGUCAGGACACCGGUCUCUCCCACAGGCCAGAGUGUCACCUAUUGAUGUUCAGCCCAUUGCUGGGCAGAAAAAUGGCAGUGACUGUGAGAAAACAGGUGAUCCUGCCUUCAAAUCCUGCAGGCCCCAUGCAGUGAAACCCCUGAGCACUGCUGACAAGCAGCCAGACUUCAGAGAGACCCAAGAAGCGUCUCGAUCUGCUAAAAUGAUGACAGAUGACGUGCAAGUUAAGAUGAAGGCCCCAGAGGCUAAAGGGACGGGGCCGUACUCCCAACUCACCCAUGAAGAGCUCAUUAACUUGUUGGAAAAGCAGAAGCAGCAGCUUUCUCAGAAGGACGCUAAGAUUGGGGAACUGGAGCAGUAUAUAGACAAUCUUCUGGUCCGUGUCAUGGAGGAGAACCCCAACAUUUUAAUGUCCUUUAACAUGAUGAAGAAGUCCAUUUGAGCACUUUUUCUAGCAGGGUUUUGUAUUUAAUGUGCACUUGGGUGAUUGACAGUACAUGGUUGUGGGUGAAGACAGGUUUUCACUACAUACACUAGCGAGCCAAAGAUCAGGGUGUACACUUAACGUCUUGGCCUGAACAGUGACGAAAUGAAUGUUCUUGCUUCAACCAUGUGACUGACUUAUUCUUGUACAUGUUAAAAAGAAAAGAAAAGAAAGUAUUUUCUUCAAAGGUUUAUACUGUAUGCUUUUUCCAUUUGAAUUGCUAAUAUUCUUCGAAUAGUAUCAUAUAAAUUAAAUAUAUAUCAUAUAUCAAAGCAUUCAAUGGAUACAACAUAUACUUUCAAUGUUUUCUAUAAAUGACAAAGCUGUAUGAUAUUUUGUAGGCAGAUCUCUGUAUUUCAAAGAAGCACUUUAAGUUCAUCUGUAAAUAAUGAACAUGUGAUCAUUUGUACUUGCUUAGCGAGCGGCUUUGUUAUUCCCUGCUUUUGAAAUAAAGAACGUCACAGGUGUGGUGCUUUGUAAAGGGCAGCGUCACAUGAUUCCGUCUGUGUGCACUUUCAACUAUACAGAUUAAGUUUUAUGUGAUUAUUAUUCUAAAAAAAUACAAUUAAUAACAAUUGAGGGAAUAUCAGAUGUUGCAAUUGCCCAUAACAAAUAUGGAGGAUUGAGAAAUGCUUGAAAUUGACUAUGGUGUCCAUAAUUUCUUAUAACUAAGCCUUCUCUGUUCUUUAUAAUAAAAUUAUAAAAUAUGUGGAA